AGUAAAAGAAGUGAAUUCAUUCGGUAUAACAUUCGACUCAUUGGACGAAAUAAUGAAAUCUUUCAGCUACAUGGACAAUCGUAGCUGCACGUGCAUGGAAGUAUUAAAUUAUGUUUUCUGGCAGAUUAGUCAACACAUAUUUCCAAUCAAGGAUAUUCAACAAGAAAUGUUUAUAAAGUUCACAAUGCAGUAUAGUGCAGGCCUGAUUGAAACUGGACAAUGCUUGUACGCGAUUAAAUUUCUCAUGAAUAUAAACGACUAUUUCAAUGAAAAGGAAAAGGAAAAGGAAAAGAAAAAGGAAAACGAUCAAUAUAUAUCUUUUAAAGAGCAAUGGUUAAUUUUAAUAGGUAAAUUCUCCCCGCAUAUAUAAUAAACAAAUUGACGA